AUGUCAGUUAUUGAUGAAAGUGCUGAUGAUGAUCUAAAAUCGACCAAUAGCAAUAAUAAUGGUGAUACUCGUUAUAAACUAGUAGGCAUUAUUGUACACAGUGGACAAGCGAAUGGUGGUCAUUAUUAUUCAUUUGUACAGAAUAAAGAAGAAUCAAAUUCUUUUGAUCCUCCACAUUGGUAUAAAUUUGAUGAUACAGACGUAAGUGAUUGUAAAAUGGAUGAAGAUGAAGAACUUCGAUCACAAUGUUUCGGUGGAGAUUAUCCAGCACAAUCAUUUGAUCAACCAGUUAUGAAACGACAACGUCGAUGGUGGAAUGCAUAUAUAUUAUUCUAUGAAAAAAUUUCUAAUAAUGAAUCAAAUUCAGAAAAUAGUCUUGAAAAAGAUUUAGCUAAAUUACAACUUUAUGAUCAAACACAACGUAUGCCAUUAUCUGUUCAACGUAGUGUUCGAAAACAAAAUAUAAAAUUUCUUCAUAAUCGAAUACAUUUUAGUCCUGAAUAUUUUCAUUUUAUGAAAAGACUUGUACAAAGUAAUGUACAAGUUAUUGUUACUUUCUAUCAACAACAACAACAACAACAUGGAGAUAAAAUCUCGUCUAAUAAUACAAUUGAAACUAUUGAAGAAUUAGCUUUAGUUAGUGUUCAAAUAGCUACGAAAUUUCUUUUUUCUGUUGGAUGGCGAACAAAAAAAGCUUUACGCGGUCCUGCAAAUGAUUGGACUGAAUUAAUGAUACAUUGUAUUCGAUGGUCACGAAAAGCACGAUAUUAUUUAGCUGAAGAAGUUUUAUUUAAACAUCCAAAUCGUUUUCAAGAAUAUCUGAUUGAUUGUACAUCAGCUGAAAUUCGUAAUGCAUUUGGUAAAAUGCUUGUUGCACUUGCUAGUCAUUCACGUCAAGAUGAACAAACAACGAAUAUUCCAACAGAUGACAUUAAAAAUUAUUUAACAGUUGAAGAAUCCAUACUCAAUCAUGUUUUACGUUUACUAAAAAAAGAAAUGCCUGAUAAUGUUAAAAUGCUUACACAAUAUUUUCAAUUUUUUGUCAAUUAUUCAUCAAUAGGUCGUCACGAAUGUGAACAAUUAAUACGUCUAAACGUUCCAAUAUUAUUUGUUAAUUUGGCUAAUGAUGAUAAUACAUCAUCUUGUUCAACAUUACCACGUUAUGGUGAACCAGCUAAAUUAUUUGUAAUACUUUCAACAUUAAUUCGUUGUUUUGAUGUUUCCAUGUAUUGUAAAGCACGACAAUCCGAUACAGAACUAUUACCAAAUCCAUAUUAUACAUAUGAUAAUGGUCCAAUAUGUUCAAUGCCACAACAAAUGGCUGAUAUAAUCUAUAAAAGAGAUAUAUUUUUAAAAAAAAUUAUUGAAGAUUCAGGUUCAUGUGAAGAAUCACUUCGUCUUCUUCGUUUUCUUCUAUGGGAAAAUCCUGAUAUAACAUCGAUCGUACUCAAUGAAAUAAUGACUUUACUUGCAAUGUAUCAUACAUAUGAUUUUCGUGGACAUCUUGAUGUACUUUAUAUGGUACUUACAAUUGAAGAUUCUUGGCAAGAAGUACGAUUAUUAUAUGCAAUAAAAAGUAUACCUAUGCCAAAUGUUAAUAAUUCAUCAGUAAUAACAACAACAACAACAACAAAUUGUGGAUACGAAUCAACUCCUCAAAGUUUAUUCGAUAUGUUUUCAAAAUCAAAAUCAACUUAUCAAAAGAAAGCAUAUCAUUGUAUUAAAACACUUGUACAAUUAUUUUCCAAUUGUCCAAAAGCUCAUCAUAUAUUAAAAACUGAUACAGAUAUAAAACAACGUUGGUCACAAGCUGUUCGUUGGUUACAUGAACAAUUAGAACGAACAUAUAAUAAUAUACCAUCAAAUUAUCCUUAUUAUCCAUCACAAGGACCAGUUACUAGCAAUGAUAUGUCACAAGGUUAUUUCAUUGAACGAACUCAAAGUGCUCGAUCAUUACUUGAUAAAGCUGUUGAAUUAUAUCCAGAAAUGGAAAAUGAAGAUGUUGGUUCAAAUAGUGAUGAUCUUGAAGAUGAUGAACCAAUGGAAAAUAUAUCUUCUAAUGUUGUUAUAAAAAAUGUCGCUAGUAAUGUACCAUCAAAAAUGGCUCCAACACCACGACGACCUAAUUCCCCAUCGAUUGUUAAUAGUGGAUUAAAUCAACGAAUAUCACCAGCACCAACAACACCAAUGCAACAAAAUAAAACUAUGCAUCAUCAUCAACCACGGUCAUAA